AUGGUCGAAACAAUCAAAACCGAAACAUCAACAAUACCAAUCACAACAACAACAACAACAACAACAACAACAACAACCAUAUUCAUUCUCCUCUUCCUACCUCUUCUUCCUCUGCCUCUGCCUAUUCUUCUCCUUCGUCACCUUCUCCAUCUCCUUCCCGUCGCCCCGCUCGUCACCAGACUAGCAGGGUGAGCCCGCUCAUUCUGGCAGCCUGCAAUGUUUGUUCCCUUUUAGACAAUCCGAGGAGCAACCGACCGGAACAGAGGACGGCGGCAGGGGCAAGAGCACUAGCGCGCUACAAGGUGGACAUCGCUGCACUCAGCGAGACCCGAUUCUCCGAACAAGGCCAACUGGAGGAGGUGGGUGCCGGCUACACCUUCUUCUGGAUCGGUCGACCCAGGGUACGCGGAUGUCGCCUUCCUUAUUCGGAACGACAUCGUGGGACGACUGCCCUGUUUGCCGCAGGGCAUCGACGAUCGCCUGAUGGGCCUCCGUCUGCAUCUCUGGGGAGGCCAAUUCGCCACCAUCAUCAGCGCCUACGCUCCGACGAUAAGCAGCCCCGACGCCGCCGCAAGAGAAGAAUUCUACGAGGACCUGCACGCCCUCUUGGCGACUGUUUCGAAGGCGGACAAGUUGAUAGUCCUUGGCGACUUCAACGCCCGCGUCGGCACAGACCAUACUGCCUGGAGAGGAGUACUGGGUACCCACGGUCUCCGCGGCUCAAACGACAAUGGUCUGCUGCUUCUCCGCACCUGCGCAGAACACCGCAUGGGCGACUUCAACGCACCAGGAACAAACUGGAAAACCCUCCAAGCGUCAGGUCCAAAAUCGGCAUUCGAUUGCCGCCUGUUGAGUAAGACAUUAAAUGCGUGCCUCACACAAAUGUAAUGUUCCCAACGAGAACACGUGAAGUACAAAGGGCAAACUGCCUGGAUCUGGUCUUUACGAAAACACCAGACAGCAUGGACGAGAUCACCUCCAUCCCGCCCCUUGGGCAAAGUGACCACGUAGUGCUUAUGUGGGAUUAUUCGUUAUUCUACAUUUCACUUACUACAGACCACAAAAGACGUAGUGUUUGGCGGGGCGACUUCAAUCAGAUGAGGGCAGACUUAUUUGGUCUUGACUGGGACUCAUUGUUUACGGGAAGUGCCAACGAUGACUGGGAGCUGUUCAAGAAUGUCCUUCUGCAGCUCAUCAACAACUACUGCCCACUGACUAGUGUAAGACUGAACAAACGCCCUGGGUGGCUAAAUAGCAACCUGAAGAAAGAAAUCAACAGGAAGCACAAAUUGUGGAGAAAAUAGUGCGUCACUAGACAAGCUGAAUGCUUCAACACCUACAAGACACAGAGGAACAAACUGAGGAAGCUGAUAAUGCAGACGCGGAGGGGAUUCGAGAAGAACUUGCUACAAAAAGCAAUGUAGAACCCAAAAUCGCUCUACAGCUACCUCCGUCGAUGCACAAGGAACAGGCAUCAAAUCCCCUUGAUAAAGACUACUGAUGGCGUUGAGAUCGCUGAUAGUAUGGAUAAAGCUGCGUAUUUUUCACGGUUUUUCCAAUCAGUCUACACAAACGAGGCAAGGUUCCUUCCUCCCUCCACAGAAGAACUGCCGACUCCAAGCGUCAGUGAUAUACUCUUCUCAGAAGACAUUGUCCGAAGAGAUUUAGAGGCAUUGAACGAAUCGAAGUCGCCAGGACGAGUCGAGAUUCCAUCCAAGCUUCUCAAGGAACUUGCCAGUGAGCUUUCUGUGCCUUUGUCGAUGCUCUUUCAAACGUCAUUUGACACUGGAACACUUCCUGUCGAUUGGAAGCUGGCGCAUAUUACUCCGCUACACAAAGGAGGUAACAGGGCAGCGACGACAAAUUACCGGUCCAUAAGCUUGACAUGCAUCCUCUGCAAAGUUAUGGAAAGGAUCAUAAAGUGUGAACUGAUGCAAUUCCUGGAAGUUCACGGCCUGCUAUCGAAAUGCCAACAUGGGUUCCGAAAAGGAAGAUCCUGCACGACAAACCUGCUGCAAUCUCUCCAGAGCUGGACCCAAGCUCUCGACGACAGGCACGCGGUCCACAUAGCCUUCAUCGACUUCCAGAAGGCUUUCGACACUGUGCCACACCAAAGGCUCUUACAUAAGCUGAAAAAAUAGGGCUCGGUGGCAACUUCCUUAAAUGGAUCGAAAACUUCCUUGUGGGUCGACAGCAGGUUGUGUGCGUCGGUCGGGGAAAAUCAGAUCUGGCUACGUUUGAUAGUGGUGUCUCCCAGGGUUCAGUAUUGAGACCCAUUUUGUUCCUUAUCUACGUGGACAAUGCCGCAAGAGAUUUAGACUGUGAAGUAGCAAUGUUUGCGGAUGACAUGAAGAUAUGGAGUGUAAUUUGGGGUCCUGCCGAUGAAGACAGACUGCAGAUGAACCUGAAUCGGUUGGAGGAGUUGUCAAACCGUUGGCUCCUGCGGUUCAACGUUGCCAAAUGUAGCAUACUUCGCCUAGGCAACACAGCCAGAUCCGCCAGCACAAGAGGCUACGUUCUGGGCGGUGCAGCCCUACAAGAGGUCGAAGCCCAAAGGGACCUGGGUGUGCUGACGACGAGUUCCCUAAAACCAUCCGCCCACUCUUCGAGGGUGGCAAAAACCGCAAUAUCUGUACUGUACGCCAUCAAGCGUGCGUUUAUGGACUUUGACGAAGAAGCUUUCUCUAAGACAUUCGGAACAUUCGUCCGGCCGCAUUUAGAGUACGGCAUACAAGCUUGGAGGCCGUGGGCUGUUGUGGAUCAAAACUGCCUCGAAAGAGUCCAGAGGAGAGCCACGAAGAUGGUCAGGGGUCAAAGCUCUUUUCCUUAUGCAACCCGCCCAGUAAAUCUGAACCUCUUUCCUUUGAGUUACAGGCAACUUCGCGGAGAUCUCUUGCAAGCCUUCCGUAUUGCAAAGGGGUUGGACUGCAGUCUGGCCUUCGAGGACUUCUUUGAAUUUGCUACCACGACUAACCUCCGAGGUCACCCGUUAAAACUGCGCACUCGGCAGGCACGGCUGGAUGUGCGGACGUUCUCCUUCUCGGUUCGGGUGGUCAAACCAUGGAUUGAGCUUCCCGCAGAUGUUGUGAUGUCACCAUCUAUACAAAGUUUUAAGAAGAAUCUGGACAUAUUUAUGUUCCGAAAUGACCAAGAGCGAUGAGAAGUAGAGCUCACCCCCUGUAACUCCUUCUCAUUUUGUCCCACCAUUAUGGGCGUGUUCGAACUAUUUCAGCCCAGAACAUCUAUCUGUACACCACACAUUUUUUACGUUGCAAAUAGGGUACUCAAAGGCUUACGCCUAUUUCCCUCAAUAAACUGAACUGAACUGAAAUCCUGACAUACACAUUCUUCUGUCUGCCGGAGCGAGAGAAGGCCACCUGGAGGCAUCCUCGGUCGCGCCAGAGGCACCUGCUGGACUAUGUCCUCGUCCGGACGCGAGAUCAGCGGGACGUGCUGGUGACAAAGGCGAUCGCGGGUGCUGACGGGUGGACCGACCAUCGCCUCGUCAUCUCGAAGAUGCGUAUUCGCCUACAGCCUCGCAGGAGACCACAAGGUAAGCGACACCCAGGUAAGCUGAAUGUUGCCUUGUUGUCUUUGCCCGCUCACCAUCUUCAUUUCAGCAAUGAGCUAGCUCAAAGGCUAGACAACUUUCCUAUCGCUGCCGACGCCGCCGCUGCCGAGAACGCCUCCGUGGAGAACCGCUGGUGUCAACUGCGAGACACGGUCCAGUCGACGACGCACGCCGUCCUCGGUCGCGCUCCCCGCCAACACGAGGACUGGUUCGACGACAACGACGCCGCCAUCAGAAAUCUGCUUGCUGAGGAGAACCGCCUACACAAAGCCUACGUAGAUCACCCCACUGAUGCCACCAAAGCUGCCUUCUACCGCAGUCGCCGCCAACUUCAGCAACGACUGCGCGAGAUGCAGGACGCCUGGACUGCUCGCAUAGCUGAGGAGAUUCGAGGAUACGCGGACCGCAACGAAUGGACGAAAGCCAAUGCGGCUUCCGUCGUCAUCGUGGGACCACGGAUAUGA